AUGGGGAAUGUUGCGAGGGAAUUGUUAACUGGUAUCCUUUUCUGUUCAGAUGCACACAUAGUUUGGCAGGAGUUAAAAGAGAGGUUUGAUAGGAAUGAGUAUGAUUCAAUCAUUCCACCUAGACCUUGUGAUUGUGAAAAAUCAGCAAAGUCAGUAGAGAAUCUACAAUACCAAAGGAUAUUGCAAUUUUUUAUGGGACUUAAUGAAGGAUACAGUCAGGCUCGUAGCCAAAUUCUGUUAAAAACUCAAUUGCCUAGCGUCAAUCAGAUUUAUGCAAUGCUAGUUCAGGAUGAAAGUCAAAAGAUGAUGACUGGGAGCAGUUAUGCAGCUAUAGAACACAUUGAGCCUACAACACUGUUUACUGCUAGAGCAACAGUUCAAAGGCCUAGAAGGAACUUCAAUCUUGUGUGUAACUUUUGCCACAUGAGAGGACACACUAGAGAUGGUUGUUACAAGCUGAUGAAAUGUGAAUUCUGUGGUCAGAAGGGCCAUGUGAAAGAGACUUGUUACAAAUUAAUUGGCUAUCCAGCAGAUUUUAAAUCCAAGAGGAAAAAUGGUACAACAACUAGCACUUCAAGUGGAUACAUGGUUCAAGGGGAAAACAGCUGUGCAACUGGAGAACAUUUGACUCAUAAUGGUAGUAGCAACUUAAGGCCAAUAGGUAAAUACAUGACUCAUGGAGAGAGCAAUGGUUCACAUGCAUACAUGGCUCAAGGUGAAGGGAGUAGCAUGAAUAAUAUGCACAUGAAUGCACCAGGAAACCUCUUUACCAGAGAUCAGUUCAAUCAGAUCUUGACCUUACUCAACAAAGCAGGAGUGAACAACACCAAUGAUAACACAAAUGCAGGUGGAAACUCAGGACCAAAUGUUGCAGGUGGUAAUGCAACAAACCACAUGAUUCAUAAUGACAAACUAAUGUUAGAUGAUACAAAAGUAGGAAACAAUGGCAAUGUACAACUGCCAACUGGAGAUACUACAAGAGUGACUUAUACUGGAGAUUGUCCUUUGUCUGGAGGUGAUGUGAUCAGGAGUGAUCUCUUCACUGGGAGAGUGAAGGAGAUUGGUAAAGAGCAAGAAGGAUUAUACAUUCUGCUAUCACAAGUGAAUAAAACCAAGGUCCGGAUGGACAGCUCAUUUGCAGCAACAAGAUCAGCAACAAGAACUGUUGAUCCUACCUUGUGGCAUCUAAGGGUGAAAUCAGAUGUAGCUGAAUUGUUAAAAUCUUUCCUUGCAAUGGUCUCAAACCAGUUUGGCAAACAGGUCAAAAUGUUUAGAUCAGAUAAUGGAUCUGAGUUCUUUAAACAGUCAUGUGGUGAACUUUUUAAAAUGCAUGGCAUAAUCUAUCAAAGUUCUUGUCCCUACACCCCACAACAAAAUGAGGUGGUAGAGAGAAGACAUAGGCAUAUUUUGGAAACUGCCAGGGCUAUUAAAUUCCAAGUAUGCCUACCUGAUAAAUUCUGGGGUUGUUGCAUUGAAAGUGCAACGUAUGUUCUUAACAAAAUUCCUUUAUCUAGUUUGGAGUUCAAAUCUCCAUUUGAAAUGCUUUACAACAGGACACUAUCCUUACAGCAUAUGAGGGUCAUUGGUUGCCUUUGCUAUGCCACUAAGUUACCCAAAGAUGACAAGUUUAGUCCUAGGGCAGUCAAGGCAGUUUUACUUGGCUAUGGUUUGCAUCAGAAAGGCUAUAGGAUUUUUGAUCUUGUCAAUAAGAUUUGUUUCAUUAGUAGAGAUGUUGUAUUUCAUGAACUUAUCUUUCCUUUCAAAAAUCCUCAGAAUAGCAUUAGUGAUGAUGGUAUUGGUGGUUCUCUCACUUCUUUUCCCCUCGUGCACAUUACUCAUACUUCACCUGUGACCGAUCUUGCAUCAUCACCACACAUCUCACCUGCAGUUGAGGAUACUGUUCUUGUCCCAAUCACUCAGAAGAUGCCAAUUCCUCCUGAGUUAGACCAUCAUGCAGAGUUCAAUGAGGAGGUUGUUCCUCCUAUGAUGGAUAUUGCAGACCAAGAUGAGUAUGCCAAUCACUAUGAGAUUGUGCCAACUGCUCAUGAGCAAGGUGCAUCCAGGACUGUUAGGGCAACUAAACCUCCCAUUUGGUUGAAGGACUAUGUCACCUUGUCUAAUAGCAAGCAGAAAAAUGGACCUAGUGUCAGUGCUUGUUCCUAUCCCUUGUCAGAUGUCCUGAGUUACAAAUGA